AUGAUUGCAACGUCGACCACCACGAUUGAGCUCGAGGAGAUUGGGCUGCCGGCUCAGCCAGCUCCCGCCGAGCAUCCGGACUCACGGGUUGGCCGCGAAUGGGGAAUAGACAAGAGGUCAGAACCAAAUCGCCUGGGCGAAUCCGAACACCGGGACCCGAGCCCUACGCCGGCCGCCCGGGCCCCUGAGAAGUGGAACGAGCCGCGCCGGAACUUGUAUCGACUCGGGGCGGCGUUUUGGUGCUUCUUUGUCAUGGGAGCGAAUGAUGCAGUCUAUGGCGCAUUGAUUCCGUAUCUCGAGUCUUACUACAAUCUCACGUACCUUGUCGUCUCACUCGUCUUUCUAUCCCCGUUUGUCGGCUACGUCUCCUCCGCGAUACUAAACAACCAUCUUCACCACAAGCUAGGCCAGCGCGGCAUAGGAAUUUUGUGCGGAUCGUGCCACCUUGCGGCCUAUGUCAUCAUAGCCGCCCAUCCGCCGUAUGUGGCUCUCGUGUUUGCCUUUACCCUCGCCGGCUUUGGUAACGGCGUGGCCGAUGCAGCCUGGAACGCAUGGGUCGGCAAUCUGGCCAAUUCGAGCGAGCUUCUCGGCUUCUUGCACGCCUUGUACGGCGCCGGCGGUGUCGUCAGCCCCCUUAUCGCGACAACGUUGGUGACCAGGGCCAACCUGGAAUGGUACUCGGUGUACUACAUCAUGAUUGGUUUCGCUGCAGUUGAGCUCAUAAGCUUGGCCCUGGCCUUCUGGGACUCCAACGGGGCCACCUAUCGCCGUGAAUCUAGUGAAAGCUGGGAGGGAAGCGAGAGCGGCCUUUGCAAUACUCUCUUCCGCAUGCCAGCUGCCCGUGUCACUUGGGUCGCCGCACUGUUCCUACUUUGCUAUGUCGGCGUCGAAGUCGCCCUUGGGGGAUGGAUCGUUACCUUUAUGCUCCGAGAGCGGCAUGCGGGGGCCUUUGCGAGCGGCAUGUCGGCAGUCGGUUUCUGGCUUGGCAUUACUGUCGGGCGGGCUGUCCUCGGGUUUGUCACGCCGCGUUUAGGGGUGAAGAUGUCGACAGCAAGCUACAUGGGAGCGGUUAUGGCACUCGAGCUCAUCUUCUGGCUGGUGCCGCAAUUCUACGUCUCGGCCGUCGCCGUCUCGCUCCAAGGCUUCUUCCUCGGGCCAAUGUUCCCCAACGCCGUUCUGCACAAUCAUCCGGUGUUCGAGUCCUUCAACCCAUCGUCUUAG